AGUACACACAUCAAACAAAGUUUAAAAGCUAUAAGAAAUCAUGCGGAAACUAACUUCAUUGACCGUGUUAACUUUGUGUUUGGGAAUAAGUUUUGCUCAGUUUAAUAAUUUUAAUCAACAAGGAACACCACAACAACCAGGCGGUUUUCCCCAAAAUUUUGGACCACAAAAUCAGGGAGGGGGAUUUCAACCUCCUACUCAAGGAGGAUUUCCGAACACGGGCGCACAGCCUGGCGGCUUUCCGACACAGGGUCAACAAGGAGGUAAUUUUCCUCCGCAAGGUGGGCAGCAGCAACCUGGUGGGUUUCCGCAACAAGGCCAGCAACCAGGUGGAUUUCCUCCACAGGGUCAGCAAGCAGGAAAUCAGGGUGCAGGCUUCCCUCAAGCUGGUCAACAACCCGGCGGAUUUCCGAACCAAAACCAGGGUUUUCCGCCUCAGAAUCAAGGAGGAUUCCCGCCAAAUCAAGGAGGAUUUCCCCCACAGAACCAAGGAGGUUUUCCGCCACAAAAUCAAGGUGGUUUUCCUCCCCAAGGACAACAAAACGUUCCACAGGUAAAUAGACCUGGGCUUGGAGGAUUUCAGCCAAACGCUAUCGGAGGAUUUGGAACAGUUGGAAAUCGAUUUGGAAACCCUUUUAUUCCUGGAAAUGUGAUUGGAGCAAAUUUACCGGGAGCAAAUAAUGGAAACACACAAAAUCAAUUCACCGCCAGCGGGCAGUUGUUCAUGAGUCUUUCGCAGAACCCUAACAACUAUCGCUAUGCUACCUGUUACUUCAACUCGACCGAGAACGGCAUCAGGGGACGGGCCGACUUCAGACAGUUUUUGUUUGGCGAUUCAGGAGUGGACAUAAGAAUUCAGCUGGUGGGACUCCCUACCUCCCCCGUAGAUACCCAGAGAGGAAUUCACAUUCACGAAUUCGGAGAUACUGGCGAAAGAUGUUCCCGUGUGGGACCCCACUUCAACCCCACCCAGACCCGCCACGGUGGCCGAAACAGCUACCCAUUCUUGCGUCAUGUUGGAGACUUAGGAAACAUGCUUCAGUCAGCCCAAGGCGUUGCUUCCACACAGUUUAGAGAUGAGGUCAUUUCCCUUCAGGGCCAGGGCAGUAUUCUUGGGCGAUCAUUGGUGGUUAAGUUGGAGCGAGAUGAUGAGGGCACAGGUACUAACUCCGCCAGUUUACAGAACGGUAACGCACGGACCCCUAUUGCCUGCUGUACCAUCGGACGGGCCAGCCCCGCUAACUGGAGAACCCCCUACUCCGAGGACGAUCUGAUGGUCAUGUCCGGCGGAGCAUGGACACCAAGCUCAAGCUCUAGCUCAAAUUCAAACCUCCAGGGAACCCAGACCGGCGUAAACUCGCAGGGAACUCAGACGGGGGUCAACACACAGGGAGUAGGAGGGGGAAAUAGCUUCAACACACAGGGAGUAGGAUCAGGAGGGGGAAAUAGCUUCAACACACAGGGAACUGGUUUAGGCGGUGGAAAUCAGGGAGCUCCCUCCAACAAUCAGGGAUCUAGUCUAGGGGGUGGAAAUAGCUUUAACACGGGCGGAUCAGCGUUUUCAAAUAAUUUUGGAGGCGGAUCUAACUCAGGACAAUCGUCUUUUGGUUUCUUAGGAAACCAGGGCAAAUAAAUUAACAUUUGUAAAUUAUGUGAAUGAAUGUGGUGUGAAUGUUUUU